AUGACUGCGGACGGCGUGAUUCGAGGCCAUCUGAACAAGAGCCCGCAGACAACAACCGCUGGGAGUGCGUGGAUCUCCAUGUUCAAGCCUAAUAAACGGUUUGGUAAACGGCGGCUGGCUUGUGGUUGGCUUAUGGUUGGCUCACAGAGCCGCGGAAAGGUGCUCGAAGAUGCUCUGUGCUCAGUUCUCCAUCUAUGCCUCAACCGCUACACCUACUGCAGUGACCUACGGGGGAUUUACAACAGCACGAAGCUUUUUCCAACCCGCGUUUCCAAAUAUUCCGAUCCCGAGCUGCUGUUGUCCGCCCCCAUGGAAGCCUAUGGCUUGCUCCGCGGUUUGGGACGGAGGAAAGCAAAGGGACCACCUAAAGGGUCCGAAGCGGUGAGGAUUCAGUCCGUGAUGCGCAUCUUCCCCAGAUGGCCUAGUGCCGCCUGUUACUUCGAAUCGGGACAAGCCCGGCGAGUCCCAAAUCUCGCGAGGGUGCGUGGCAAAGAGGCAAGUAAUGUCCAGCCGACUGGAGGCCUUCUCAAGUCGAACCAGAGGACCAGCGUAUCAAUGGCAAUAACAGCGUCUACUACGCUGUACCGUUCGACCCUUGGGCUUUCUCAGUUCCUUGGCGAAAGCUUAGUCAGUCUGGAAGCAAAGCCUCUGCUUCAAUACGACCUUGAGUUGCACAACUCUGUCCAUCCACCAAGGAUUUCAAGCACCUACGGAUACAAUGUGGCAGAUGAUGCUGGAAAGAUGAGGCGGGCCAUAUGA